AUUUCUUUUUCAGGUCAUUUAUCGUUUUACGUAUCCAGCGCAGUAACAACUAUUAUUUUCUUUCAAGUGGCAAAGAAAUGGCCUACGUUAAUUAAAAACAUACCUCAUUUUGAAUUGGAUGAAUACGUGGAUACGAGAAUCAAGACGAAGUGUAACGUGUUCAUUGCAAUGUUUUUGACUGUGGCUACCGUGGAACACAUGUUAGCACAAUUUUCUGGUAUAGCAGUGGUGCUAGACUGCGCUGUAGACCAUUCUCGAUUAUACAGAGACUACAUCGAGUCUAGUUUCCCAUGGGUCGUUGAAUUUGGCCUAUCAGACCAUUUUCUUAUUGGGAUUUCUAUACAGUUUAUAAAUAUAACUGCAACUCUAGCCUGGAAUUACUCGGAUCUCUUCAUAGUUUGUAUAAGUUAUUAUUUGACUUCAAUCUUACAAGGAAUCUAUAGAAAAGUGAUUGAUAAUAAAGCUAAGGUAUGUAUGCGAAUGGUCUGCAACUACUUACAUAUAAUGCUUUUACUUCAUUUCUCAGUUUUUGUCCAGAUUUUUACUAUAUUCUCUCAGUUGCAGUACUUGUCGUCAAGUUUUUGGGCUUCGGUUCGAGAGGACUACAACCACGCGGCGCAGCUGGUGCGAGCGGUCGAUGAGGUCGUCAGUGGCGCCGUGUUCGCAUCUUUUACCAUUAAUCUGUUCUUUAUUUGCUUUCAACUGUACAAUCUUUUGUCUUUCAGGCCAUUGGGAGGAUAUGAGAAUGUGAUAUAUCUCACCUAUUCAAUGAUGUUUGUUUUAUUUCGAUAUUUGUGUGUUUCUCUCAUCGCUGCUCGAGUGCACACAACCUCACAGUCCCUGGCUCCUGCACUUUAUGACGUUCCAUCAACCGUUUAUAACGUUGAGGUUCAAAGAUUUUUGGAUCAAGUUCAUCAUGACACACUGGCCUUAAGCGGUCUUCAAUUUUUUUACGUCACCAAAAGUCUCGUUUUGACUGUGGCUGGUUCCAUCUUUACAUACGAGCUGGUUCUAUUGCAGUACGGUGGAUAA